GACUUGACCAGUCUUUACUUCCCCUGCCUGUGUGAGUCCUGAAAUGCUGUAGUUCAUGACUACAGCCAGUCCAGCCUGGUGAGGCUGGGGCAGGUCCUAGCUGGACCUUUCAGGGACUGAACCGCGGCAUCCUGCCCCUCCCUUCUCCCUGGAGCCUCCCCGAGCCCUCAGGCGUCAUGUCAGGCACCUACAAUGGCACCUACAAUGAGUCCUACACCAGCUUCCUCCUCAUGGGCUUCCCAGGGAUGCAGGAAGCCAGAGCCCUCCUGGUGCUGCCCUUCCUCAGUCUCUACCUGGUGAUCCUCUUCACCAAUGGCCUGGUCAUCCACACGGUGGCAUCCCAGCGCAGCCUGCACCAGCCCAUGUACCUGCUCAUCGCCCUGCUCCUGGCUGUCAAUAUCUGUGCUGCCACCACGGUGCUGCCCCCCAUGCUCUUCAGCUUCUCCACACGCUUCAACCGCAUCUCCCUCCCUCGAUGCUUGGGGCAGAUGUUCUGCAUCUACUUCCUUAUUGUCUUUGACUGCAACAUCCUCCUGGUCAUGGCUCUAGAUCGCUAUGUGGCUAUCUGCUACCCUCUCCGCUACCCAGAAAUAGUGACAGGACAGUUACUGGCAGGUCUGGUGGUGUUGGCAGCCACCAGGAGCACAUGCAUUGUGGCUCCAGUGGUGGUGCUGGCCUCGCGGGUCCGCUUCUGCCGCUCAGAUGUGAUCCACCACUUUGCCUGUGAGCACAUGGCCCUAAUGAAACUCUCCUGUGGGGACAUCUCGCUGAAUAANACGGNGGGACUCNNUNUUCGNANCUUNAANNGAGUCCUGGAUAUGCUUCUGCUAGGCGCCUCCUACUCCCGCAUCAUCCAUGCUGCCUUCAGGAUCUCAUCAGGUGGAGCACGGUCCAAAGCCCUGAACACCUGUGGCUCCCACCUGCUGGUCAUCUUCACCGUCUACUCCUCCACCAUGUCCUCGUCCAUUGUCUACCGUGUGGCGCGCACUGCCUCCCAAGAUGUGCACAACCUGCUCAGUGCUUUCUACCUGUUGCUCCCAUGUCUGGUCAACCCCAUCAUCUACGGGGCCAGAACCAAGGAAAUCAGGCAGCACCUGGUAGCUCUGUUCCAAAGGACUCGGCAACAGGUCUUCACUGAGAAGCCCCAGCCCCUACCCUCGGAUAGAGAGCUACCUGGAUGA